UUCAGCUAAAGAUUUUGACUACAUAAUGUUUUUGGGAAGUAUUUCUGUGAGGCUCUUGAGUGUGGUUCGUAUUUUUAUUGUGAAUUGGAGCCCUGGGUUAAUUUUUGUCCACCUUUUUUUGUUGUUGCUAGAAACAAGCACAAAGUUCACUCAAAAUGAAAGUCGUUAAAAGUUACCUUAAUUAUUUGAGUAGAUGUUUCAAUUAAAGGUUUAUCGUGGGUUCAUCUCUUAAACAAUGCUAAGUUGAAUGAACAAAACGACAUAUUUAAUAUUUCUAUUCUGUUAUUCUAAGCUUCUGUGAAAUCAAAAGUAUGUGUAUUUAUCAAAGCUUUACUAAUUUUCCAUGACUUCAUGUCACGUCUGCUUUCACUGUGAUAUUACUGCUUGUAUUAGCUAGCUAUCAGUGCUUCAUCUAUUUUACCAACUUAAUCAAUUAGAACAUUUUAAAUGGGUGAUUAGUUGCUUAUAGGAUGGAUAGGGUAGACAUUCUCCCUUAUCUAUUAUUUGUUUCUGAUCAACAGCCAUUAGUCUUAAAACAGUAAAAUAUAAGUCAGUUUGAGAUGUCUGGUGGAGAGCUAUAUUCAGCAUCCGGUGAUAUGGUGUCAAAGUUGACAGCAUGUCCCCAUCCUGUCCAAUUGAUUUAUUGAUUUGAGAAACCCAGUGCAGUCUUGUGCAUUAGAUCAGGUUUGACUACAGGACAUGAGAGCUGACAUUUAAUUAAACUGAUUCAGUCCAGACAUUCCGCGGUCUUAAUCAUACCGUUGGAUAACAAUCCAUCUGCAAAAUGUCAACGUAGAGUUUUGAAGGAACAUAUUUCAUAUUUUUAAGUUUACCAGAGAACUAUUUUUACCAAGUGAAAAACCAACUUUGGAGGAAUACAUAUAUGACCUAACGGAGUAAUUAGUCUUAUUUUAAAUACGGCUGAAUAUUGAUUAAUAUGAAUAUGUAGAGAGGUUUUACUUCCCAACAAUUAACACACAAAGACAGAGAGAGUCCAAAGUGCACUCAGAUCAAGCUAGAAAAAAAGGGAUGGUCUAUUUCAGGCAAUGUGGUAACAUUACUUUCAGCAAGAAAGGUCUUCAAAAAGACGUUGGAAAAAAUGUACUGCUGUGGUUUGCAUUUACACAAGACUUGCUUUUUCAUAGAAGUUCACGGUUGUUUCGUGGACUGGAGCUGAAGAUAGUUACAUUAGUGUGAAAUCUGAUUGGCUAUAAUGUGGGCAUGGGCAUUACUUCCUGUUCUCCUGGCAGUAGGAGGCACAGCUGGUAUCUGGGCAGUGUACGGUAUUGCAGUAUCCAAUGAAUCCGUUAAUGUGACAGCAGGAUUCCCGUACAUCAGUGCGUGUGGUUCCUACGCUCCCCAGAGCUGCUUGUUCUCGCAGAUCUGCAAUGUGAGCAGUUUCCUGAUCAUGUGGAUUGUGGUGAUCCGCUAUCAGCAGGUGCGUGACCUGGGUGACCAGUGUCGCCGUGCCAACCUGGCGGCCCUGGUGCUCGGCUUCAUAUCCUCAUUAGGGAUCUCUAUUCUUGGCAACUUCCAGCAAUCUGUGUCUAUGGGGGUGCACUUGUUGGGCGCUUUCCUGGCCUUCUUCGUGGGCCUGGCCUACUUCUGGGUGCAGCUGUGGCUCACGUAUAAGGCUGAGCCAUCUCAGGAUCGCCGCUGGAUGGGGCCGCUGCGUGCCUUCUUCUGCAGCCUCUGCACGGUGUUCUUCAUCGUCAUGGCUGUUCUUCACAACACAGGCUCCAAGUCUCCCGCGGCCAUGUGUGAGUGGGCACUGGUCAUGACCUUCUUCCUCCUCUUCAGCCUCUUCGCCGCCGAGUUCCGCUGCAUUGAAUGCCACCGGCUCACUGUGUACAAGCAGGUUGCGAAGAAGAACCAAAGCAGUGACACCAGCGACAGGAACACUGUGACAUAGCGUGGCUUGAACCACCACUGGAUAGCUUUGGAGUGAUAACUAAAGCACCACAUGGUUAUGAGUGCUGUUUUCAGAGUAGACUUGAUUAUGCAGUGGUGGUGGACAUUGCAAUGUUGCACCUAAUUAGGGGGUGCUGUAGUGCAUGUUUGUGUUGCCCCAUUAUGGGGAAGAGUUGGAGUGUCACCACCUAGUGGCAGCAUUUUGUCCCCAGGAAGGUUUAGAUAGACUAAUGAGACUGUUUAAACUUGAGGUACUCCAGUAUUCACAUUCAUAAUUAUUAUCAACACUGAUGUUGUGGUGCAACAUCUGAAAAGCAUGGAAUAAACAGGCCUAUGUACCCUGGACAUACACCACCAACCACACCUAACAACCAACAGCCUAUUACUUACAUUAUAUAUAUAACUUAUAGUAAUCAUUUACAUGAAUUCCAUUUAGCCUAAUGAUCUUUAAAGAAGUUGACUGAAAUGCUUACAGGCCUAAAAGUAGGCCUAGUUCUCUAUGUGGUUUAUUUAAGCAUUCAUAACAGGUAUAAUAAAUAUUUCCAGUCUUA